AUGGCCGAUGCCUACUCGCCUGACGACAACAUGCCCAAGUUCUUUGCCAAGAACGGGUUUGCCGACGCCGACCCCAAGAAGACCAAGAAGAACGGCAAUGGCAAGGGCAACUGGGGCAGCAUGGGCGACGAGGUCAAUGACCAGCCCUUCAACUUUGCCAACCCUCGCCGCCGCUCCAACAGCAGCUCCAUGACCACCGACAUCAAGAACUUCAAGACCAAGUUUGACGUCAACGAGCCUGAGCCCGUCUUCGAGGAGGGCAUCCACGGUCCCCUCGAGGACGACGAGGACAUGCUCCGCUCCAUGGACUCGAACUCGACCGAGGGCUCCGAGGACAUGAAGAACUAG